GUCAACCCUACCUUUCUUAGUUUCAUGUACGCUCUAGCUAUUUGGCCGCACAGCCUUAAAUCAGCAGCCACCUCUUCGGAUCAUACCCUUACUUUCAUAUAUUGACUCACACCCUCAACAUUUUGAAGAGAUGGAUAGUCAAAUGGACAGUUGAUAUAUCUUAGGGCUCAAUCUCAGAAAAGGAUGACGACCUCGACUCCAAAAUGGCCUCGUACAAGAACCUCCAAGAUGACGCAUGGUCCGAUAUUGAAACACAACCUCGAAAGUCCAAGGACAUACCAGAUAAGAAGCUAGCUACCGACAGCCUCCUGGAUUUCAAAGAACCCUUGAAAUGGCAUCUCCGCGGCCUCCUUCUGUACACACUUGGUAUCUUUGCUCUUCUCGGAUGGGUGUAUUCAGGACCUUCUUACGACCGCUGGUCAAGACGAGUCCUGCGUACCGGCAACCUAAAGGUCGACCAGUUCUACUCCGGCAUCGCAUCGGUCGCCAUGUUUGUCCCCGCCGCCGCCCUCGUCGGUCAGAUAUGCCUGGAGUUCGGCCUGCUCCACCCCUUCUCGAUCGCCCACCGGACGUCAGUCACAGCAGCGGACCUGGAUAGGAUGAUCGACACCGGACCAUUCUCACUGCUAACAGUCUGGAAAUACUCACCUGCUCGCGCAGCUUCCCUGGCAACCAUUAUGUUGAUAGGCACCGCCAUAGUCCCCGUCAGCUCACUCCUCCUGAACGUGGGCUGGUACUCGCCCCAAACGCACCAACACGGCGUCGUUGGCUUGCCAGUGCUCCAGCCCGCCGAAGGCCUCCUCAGCAUGUCCAAGACGAUGGGCUACUCCGGCUCCGGGCCACUCGUCAGCACCUUCGACGACAAAGACUUCGUGCUAGAGAUGAUAACCGACACGCACAAAGGCGCCAUCGUCAGCCGGCGCGGCGGCCUCAGCACCGCAGACGCCGAACUCGGGCCCAUCACCACCAUGAACAUCAGCUUCACGCAGGCCGUCCGCUACGCCGGCCUCGUCACCCUCACCUGGACCUCCGCCUGCGAAGCUGCCAACGACGAGGUCCACUACGCCGCCGCCCUCGUCGACGGCAAACCCAGCGUCAACUUCACCUGGCCCGACGGCUCCACCAACACCACCACCCCGGGCGACAUGCCCAUCUUCAUGUGGACCGCCUCGCCCAAAACCCCGAGCGGCAUCCCCCUCGGCGGCACCACCUACAUCGCCCAAGCCUCGCUGAUGCGCGCCUACACGCCCUCCCCCCUCAGCGCCGCCGCCGGCAUCACCGACUCCCCGCUCCCCGGCGUCUGGAUCUCGCGCGUCAAAUGCACCCCUACUAUGAGCUGGCACGUCAGCGCCUGCGCCGCGCACGACGGCCGCACGAUGCACAACUGCACCGCCAGCCCCGGGUCCAACACGACGGCGCUCGACACGGUCGCGCUGGACGCGCUGGCGGGGUACAUGACGGCGGUGCCGUGGCUGCUGUACCUGCGCAACGACUACACCUUCCGCAUGACGCUCGAGCCGUUCUACGUCAUGCCGACGACGGCGCACUACGCGCGCAUCCUCGGUGUGCUCGCCGAGUCCAUCGCCGCCGUCGCGACGGCGGGUUACUUUGGCACCGCGACGGUGCCGACGGUGGGCGAGCCGCCGCGCGCCGUGUAUGUUGUGCGCGUAUAUGUGCUAUUUAUCCUGCUGGGGCUGAUCUACGCGGUGGUGGGGCUGAGCGCGGCGGAUGUGUGGUAUAGCCGGGCGAAGCGGCUGCCGUUUCGGAAGGCGACGUUUUUGACGAUUGCGUAUGCGGUGCAUGGG